UAACUCAUUCCUUACGGUUACGUUGAAAAUCGAUCACCGGUGAUCGAUGGUUAUUUGAGCGCUAUUGUGGUGUAUAUCCGAAGUUGUCCACAUCACUUAUGUUAUAAAUCAAUAAAAAAUAUAUUACUAAACAUAUACAGACUAUUGUUGUUGUUUUUUAUUACUUACCGACGGAGAAAUCGAGCAAAUUAUGCGAGUUUCAAAAAGUUUUCAUUUUUGAAGACAAUUCUGCCCGAUGACGUAAUUUCCCAUGAUUCAUCGGCAGUUUCCAAAAUAAACAAUAUGGCGGGAAGACCUCGCAGAUCAGCUGCUCAAAGAGCAAGGGAUUUGUUUGUAAAUGGGUUUGAGCUUGAGUCUGACAGUGAAGAUGAUAUCCAACUACAACCUGGUGAUGUCGAUGAAAGGGCAUCAGACUCUGAUAGUGGUGAAAACAGUGAUGAUAGUAUGGAUGUGUUUGAUGGUGAUCAAGAGGUUCCUCAGGCAGGUGGUGGUCUCCAAUCGUAUGACGAUGCAGAUGAACUACCACAUGUGAUGCAAUUUAGGCCAAUCCGCCCCCCUGGUAUGCAAUUCAGGGCAAUGACGCAAAGAGAAAUAUCAGAACAUUCAACUCCGUUGGCUUUCUUUAAGAUGUUUUUCAGUGAAGAG